AUUAUCAACCAGGGCAAUUGGAAAUAGUUACCCAUGAUGUUGACAUCGCCAUAUCGGGGUUACAGCAGCAACUACUCUGGCACGAAGAAACUGGGGUCCAACUCAUAAUCACCACGCCAUGGGCGCAUUCACCAUUGGUGUGAUGGGCAGUGUGCACAGGCUGGCCGCGUCAGGGUCACUGAUCACUGGCGUAGCAUCAGCUGAUCAGACUUGGCAUAAUAUCACCAGCCACAGGAGCAUCUCGCAACCGUUCGGGACUAUCGACUAA